AUGAAGUUUACUUUCGCUGCACUUGUCCCGUUCAUGGCAGUCUUCGCCGCCGCCUCGCCCAUCGAGGCUCGCGCGUGGAGUCAAGUCACUGUCGCACUUUCCAAUGACCAAUCUGGAGCAUACUCUGGCGUGGGUUUCCUCGCGGAUGGAACCGACAAGAGUAUCCUGUCCCUCUUUGGCAGCACUUCUGUCGGGGCUGGUGGCAUCGUUAAGGCCAAUGCUGCCCAGCUUACUGCGUUCCCGCAAUCUAUCAACUGUGUCAUCAAGAACAAUGGUGCUGUCAUCGGUACCUUGACUGCUCAGCACACCUAUGCUGAUAUUGAUGGAAAUCCCAAUGCCGUCGUUCCAAUCAAUCUGAACAACGCUCAGAUAAACUGUCACGCCUAA